UCGAACGUCUCGAGUUGUGUUGGGUAACUGGAUAGAUCAGAGUUAACAUCGUUCUCGCGCUUAUAUUUCUUCGAACUGUUCCAGCCUCCCGCGUUACCACCUCCGGAUUAUUCGCGCCCUAAUAACUGAUCUGGCGACACGUCUUCCCUAUGAUCCGCCGUGAAACAAGCGCGAGAACGAAAGGACCCAACAUGAACAGUGCGGGAAAUUUGCACGGCACAGUUGGAUCGAUAGGUCGAAGAAGGUCUCGAAGAUAUCAGACUAAGUUCAAGGCUGAAAAAGUGUCGCGGAGCUUGAACAACGUUCUCAGCAAUUCCAACAGGCGAGCCAAGCGAGCCAAAAAAGCGUGCAUACAGAAACAUGAUGAAUUAUACCAUAACGCUGACGGAAAAUUCCGAAUGAUAAAUAAAAAUCCAAAUUCUGAACUGAGCACGGAUGAAGAGAACAAGGAAAACAGGAAAGCGAUAAAGAAGAUAUCCGAGACCAGAAUGAACAACAGAAAGCCAUUGAAAUGCUCGACGAGGGUGCAAUUAUUGAGGAAAAGGGGUUUGCCAUCAUCAUCACCGGUAUUGUCGUCACCGUCAUCAUCGUCGUUAUCGUCGUUAUCGUCGACGUCGUCGUCGUCAUCAUUGUCGUCGAUUUCGUCGGCAUCGUCGCGACCAACUUCGUCGGAAUCGUCGGCGUCAAGAUCGUCGUCAUCGUCACUCUCAUCGUCGUCGACGAUUUCCUGCAGCGAUGAAGAUACCGAGAGCGAUGAAUCUUGUCAUUGCGGUGAUGUCUGAUGAAGGCGCUGGAGCUCUCUCUCUUUCUCUUACCUCUUUGAGAGACGUCGAGGUGAAAGCUUCGUUUGCGCCUGGCAAUUGGAAGUCUCAUCAUCGAGAGACUUCUUACUUUCCUCGCAAACGUAAAUUUAUUAUUUAUAUAAAUUAAUAAAGUGAUCAAUUAUUUAUUAGUUUAUCAUAAAAUAAUAAACCGAAUGUUUCAUCUUACGAGUAUCGCGGAGUAAGGAAUAUGGAUGCGAGACAAAAUAUUUUGUCGCAUUCGUGAGAUAUUUAUUAUCCUGUGAUACAUUCGUGCAUGCUACAUGAUGAUUAUGUGUAUGGUUUUAUAUUUAUAUGUUAUUGCGCGCGCGCAUAUAUACAUACGAAGGUCGCGAUCAAUUAUACACUGUGGACAGCGUAAUGAGUUAUACACUCUGCAACUCGCGAUAAACAAACGCCGAGAUAAACUGUGCCUUCAGCCCACUUUAGACUCUGUAAUUUUCAUGACAGCAUUCUGUUCGCGGGAAAACAUUGAAGAGUCAAAAAUUACAAUCCUAAAGCACAGUAAGCGUACAAUAUCCGCCAUUUGCGAUUUAUCACGUCAUGUUGAUCGCGCGUCCACUUGUGCAUAUAAUCGUAUCGCCCCGAAGAUGCUUCCAUUUUUAUUAGUCGAGAUUAACAGUUAUCACGUCUCUCCGAAUUCCGGUUCUCACGAACUCACGUUCAACUCUACCGCGAAUCGGACUGCGCGUCGCAAACUUAAUCGAAUAAAUGUACUCAUGAUCGAAUUAAUUGUAUACUUACGACAUUUCCUAGAAAAAAAUGUACUAUGUUUCAAUAACAAGAGAACAAAGUAAA